GCUCCGCUCACACACCAGCAGCACGUCGCCACAGCUGUAGCAGCGCUUCUCAGUCUCCGGGGGCUGUGGGAGUUCCGAGCGAACAGGGAAGCAGGGCCCACGGGGAGUCGGGGACCCAGCAGUGUGAGGCUUGGCAGGAGUCCGGAUAUUCACACCGAGCGAACACCGGGGGGAAACCGACACCGAGAGAGGAAGAAGGGAGGGAGGCACCUGCUGAAAAGGCACACAACUCUCUCUUUCCUCCUCAUUUCAGAACACUUCCGCGUUAAAAUGGCUGACCGCGAGCAGGGCAGCAGCGACGGAGAGAGCUCGAGCACCGGGGGAUCCGAGCGGCGGGAGAGCGGGGCCGCGAGGGGCUUCGCGCGCCAAGGAGCUCUGCGCCAGAAGAACGUGCACGAGGUCAAGGACCACAAGUUCAUCGCGCGCUUCUUCAAGCAGCCCACAUUCUGCAGCCACUGCACGGACUUCAUCUGGGGUUUCGGGAAGCAAGGUUUCCAGUGUCAAGUGUGUUGUUUCGUGGUUCAUAAACGCUGUCAUGAGUUCGUCACCUUCUCCUGUCCGGGGGCUGACAAGAACGCAUCAGACGACCCGAGGAGUAAACACAAGUUUAAGGUCCAUACCUACUCCAGCCCUACAUUCUGUGACCACUGUGGAUCUCUACUUUACGGGUUGAUACACCAGGGCAUGAAAUGUGACCAUUGUAUGAUGAACAUCCAUAACCGGUGUGUGUCUAACGUUCCCAGUCUGUGUGGAACAGACCACACUGAGAGGAGAGGACGCAUCCAGAUCACCGCAGAUAUCAAGGACAACAAACUCACCGUCUACAUCCAGGAGGCUUGUAACCUGGUCCCCAUGGACCCUAACGGUCUGUCUGACCCCUACGUGAAGCUCAAACUCAUCCCCGACCCCAAGAGUGACACCAAGCAGAAGACCAAGACCAUCAAGUGUAACCUGAACCCCACCUGGAAUGAGACCUUCACAUUUCCUCUGAAGGACUCUGAUAAGGACCGGCGUCUGUCGGUGGAGAUCUGGGACUGGGAUCUGACCAGCAGGAACGACUUCAUGGGAGCGCUCUCAUUCGGCGUCUCAGAGCUCCAGAAACAAGGAGUGGAUGGAUGGUUUAAAUUGUUGUCCCAAGAGGAGGGAGAGUACUUUAAUGUUCCUGUCCAACCAGACGGAGAGGACGGCAACGAGGAACUACGACAGAAGUUUGAGAGGGCUAAGAUCGGUCCUGGUAAGAACACAGACGGCUCCUCCUCUAACUCCACCUCUAAGUACGAUAGCAACGGUAACCAGGACCGCGUCAAACUGACAGACUUCAACUUCAUUAUGGUGUUGGGCAAGGGCAGCUUCGGGAAGGUGAUGUUAGCAGAGCGUAAAGGAGCAGACGAGCUGUACGCCGUAAAGAUCCUGAAGAAGGAUGUGGUGAUCCAGGAUGAUGAUGUGGAGUGUACCAUGGUGGAGAAGAGAGUCCUGGCCCUGUCAGGGAAACCUCCCUUCCUCACACAGCUCCACUCCUGCUUCCAGACCAUGGACAGGUUAUAUUUUGUGAUGGAGUAUAUCAACGGAGGAGACCUCAUGUAUCAGAUCCAGCAGGUCGGCAAGUUCAAGGAACCCCACGCUGUUUUCUAUGCAGCGGAGAUCUCCAUCGGCCUCCUCUUCCUCCAUUCCAAAGGCAUCGUUUACCGGGAUCUGAAGCUGGACAACGUGAUGCUGGAUGCAGAAGGCCACAUUAAGAUAGCUGACUUUGGGAUGUGUAAAGAGAACAUGUUAGACGGUGUCACCACCAAGACCUUCUGUGGGACCCCAGACUACAUCGCUCCUGAGAUCAUAGCGUACCAGCCCUAUGGGAAGUCCGUGGACUGGUGGGCCUUUGGCGUUCUGCUGUAUGAGAUGCUGGCUGGACAGCCUCCGUUUGAUGGUGAGGAUGAGGAUGAGUUGUUUCAGUCCAUCAUGGAGCAUCACGUCUCCUACCCCAAGUCCAUGUCCAAGGAGGCUGUCGCCAUCUGCAAAGGGUUGAUGACUAAGCACCCAGGGAAGCGUCUGGGCUGUGGUCCGGAGGGGGAGAGGGAUAUAAAGGAACAUGCCUUCUUCCGUUACAUAGACUGGGACAAACUGGAGAACAAGGAAGUCCAGCCGCCCUUCAAACCCAAAGCUAAGAACCGUCGGGACACAGGGAACUUUGAUAAAGAGUUCACUAAGAUGGCAGUGGAACUGACUCCUACAGACAAACUGUUCAUAAUGAACCUCGAUCAGAACGAAUUCCAGGGAUUCUCCUAUACCAACCCAGAGUACAUCAUACAGGUUUAACCCUAUAGAUGAAAUAACAUGAUACUCACCAACCCAGAGUACAUCAUACAGGUUUAACCCUAUAGAUUAAAUAACACGAUACUCACCAACCCAGAGUACAUCAUACAGGUUUAACCCUAUAGAUUAAAUAACACGAUACUCACCAACCCAGAGUACAUCAUACAGGUUUAACCCUAUAGAUUAAAUAACAUGAUACUCACCAACCCAGAGUACAUCAUACAGGUUUAACCCUAUAGAUUAAAUAACAUGAUACUCACCAACCCAGAGUACAUCAUACAGGUUUAACCCUAUAGAUGAAAUAACAUGAUACUCACCAACCCAGAGUACAUCAUACAGGUUUAACCCUAUAGAUGAAAUAACAUGAUACUCACCAACCCAGAGUACAUCAUACAGGUUUAACCCUAUAGAUGAAAUAACAUGAUACUCACCAACCCAGAGUACAUCAUACAGGUUUAACCCUAUAGAUUAAAUAACACGAUACUCACCAACCCAGAGUACAUCAUACAGGUU